UUUGGGAGUGACUGGGGAUAAGCUGGAGUGACCAGCCAGGGAUCCUCCUGCACAGACUGGGUCUAAAGGUGCUUCUGCCCCAGGGGUUGCUUCAGGGAGACCCCCCUUAGCAAGGCACAAAUCCACCUGGCUGGGCUGCAAAACUUCAUCCACACACAGCAGAAUGUUUAAAAAAGUCACCAGAUACGUUUCAAGUCAAAUGGAUCCAGAUGGAGGAUUGGUCCCUGUCGAGAGCAUCGCAGACCACGAGCACUUCAGACCCUUCUGUCUUCUGAUAGGAAAAAGAAAACAAAAUACCAUAUUCCACUCACGUCCCUACUACCAGUGCACAGGGUUUAGUCUGAACGAUGUGCUGCUGCCUGGAGAAGAUGGGGAAAGCACAGAUGGUCCACAUUCCAGCCAAUUCACUCUCUCAAAGGUCACUGCUGACCAAGUCAAUGGGGAUAUCAACGUUAGAGUUGACGAUGCAAGUGUGGAGCUGAAAGGAGGUGGCUCCUUGUCUCAGGAGUUUUCCAUCAAGCUGCAGAAGAAGGCCAUAGAAAUGAACUCACUGGAGACAAUGAGAAAGAAAAGAAAAAUCAACAUGGAUCACUCCUUCAUCCAACAGCUCCUGAGCACAGAGCUCAAAUUAUACGUGGUUUACAAAACCCUGGAAGCCUCGGAGGAGACCAUCUACAAGGAGUCCAGCAAGGCACAGGGAGGCUUCCUAGCCAUGAUUUACGCCAAGUUCUUUGCAAAGGGCACCACAGAGAACAGACAAAGCAUAGUCAUUCCCAAGGGCUGCACCCUGGCCUUCAUGGCCAUCCAGAUGAGCAUUAACAAAGGAGAAUGGAGACUGGGUUUUAUCACAGACUUGCUUGAUGGAGGUAGAUUUCACAAACAUGAUGUUCAGCACAGUAUUUUUCUGCUUCAACGUGUAAAACGUGCAGCUUCCGGGUUAUCAGAGUUCCGAAAAAAAGAAUUAUUCACAGUGGACAGAGAAGUUAAUAAAUACUGUGGCAUUUUCUCUGGGUUGCCUUCUGACCUGCGGGUCAUGUUCUUAAAAACCAUCACAGCUGUGAUGAGAGACAGGAACCUCUUUCAAGAGCUCAGCCAGAAGAUGGAAGAAGUUCUAGAGAAAACUGAUGGUUAUGAGCUGAAAACUGAAAGCCCAGACUUAAAAGACCUGUUGAGCACCUUGGAGAAUUCUCCAGGAGAUCGUCGUCUUCUGUUGGCAAAGGGAAUAACCUACACCCUCGAUGCUUUGGCUGAGCUACUGGACAAUCAGCUGCUGCUGCUGCUGGAAUCCUUGGAAAGGAAGAUUGUGUCCCAACAGCUGCAGCUGGUUGGAAAACUCCUGGAUCACGAUCUGAAGAAGGUGGAUAUGCCAUUCCGUGUGGAUGCCAGCCUGCUCUCCUUCCCACAGCAGGAGGAUCAGACCUUAACCAUGGCCCUGGUGGAGCUGAGCAGAGUGAAGCUCCAGAAAUAUGGAUCAGCUGAGCCCAUGGAAAAGCCCUAUGAGGUCGUGGCUGCCCUGUACGUGGCCCUGUACGCCCUCAGCCUCCUCAGUGGGGACCUGCCCCUGUCCAGGCAACCCUUCCCCUAACUGUGGAAAAAUCUCUACCCAUGAGCCACUUCUCUCCCCCAGUUUCAUCCUUGUUAAUGCUCAAGGCUGCUUUGGCUGCAAAAAGCAAACUUAAGGCAGGAAACCACAUUAUGGAUGCAAAAGGCUGGAUAUCAAAGUGGAUGUCUCUGGCUGUCCCCCAUUGAAAGCAGACGGACAACCAGAAAAUCCACGAGCCCAAAUAAUCACAGGCCUGGCAGCUGUGCCUCGUGUGCUUCCCUAAAAACGCUGCUGCUUCUGCAACCAAUGAAUGGGAAAAGGAAAGGCAAGGGAAUGGGAAAGGGAAAAGGAAUGCAAAGGGAAAGGAAGGGAAAUGCAAAGGGAAAGGGGAAAAAAAUGCAAUGGAAACAAAAG